AUGCAAGAGGACGUACAGCUGGCCGAGAGCAGACUGUCCCAUAAGAGGGACCUGAAGGAGGCUGCUCUCAAGGCCAGGGUCUUAGCCUUCAAUCAGCAGUUGAACGUUUACUUAAAGGAGCUUGAAGACCUCAAGAAUCGCGACAAUUUCAGUCUGAAAGAAAUUCGCGUGGAUACAAUGCGUCGCAACGUCGACACUCUCGACAAGCUGUCAUCUCAGCUCAAAAACGCUAAGGCUGAAAUGCAGUUAAUAAACGAAGAACAAUCACUGCUUAGCUGGGAGACAACAAAAUUUCCGGUGCUUCAUCAGCUGUUGCACCAGAAGGAACCUUACGACAGUCUCUGGCGCACCACCUACACCUUCCAUACGCAGCACGAGGUGUGGUACGAGGGCCCAUUCAAAGGAUUGGAUGCUGAAGCCAUAAGCGAGGAGACCGAGGCAAUGUGGAGGACCAUGAUUAAGCUCACCAAGACAUUCAGUGACCAGAUCAUGUCGAGACGCGUGGCGGAGUAUGUCAAGGAUCGUCUGGAGCGUUUCCGCAGCCACCUUCCUGUGCUGCAAUGUAUCUGCAAUCCUGGACUGAGAGAGCGACACUGGAGGCAGCUAAGCGACGAGCUUGGGUCCGAGUUGCUGCUCACGGUGGACACGUCGCUGGCGGACAUGGUGGACUGUGGACUGGCCACCAUCCUGCGGAGACUGGAGGAGAUCAGUCAUGCCGCGUCCAAGGAAUUCGCCCUCGAGAAAGCCUUGCAUAGGAUGAAGACUGAGUGGGGCGCCGUACAGUUCGAGUUCAAACCUUGGAGAGAAACUGGAGCCCUGAUCCUGGCGUCGGUGGAGGACAUCCAAGCUCUGCUGGACGAGCACACGCAGAAGGCGCAGACGAUGCGCGGGUCGCCGUACGUGAGGCCCUUUGAGGGCGAGAUCCGCGCCUGGGAGCACAAGCUGCUCUCCAUGCAGGAUAUUCUCGACGCCUGGACCGCGUGUCAGGUGUCUUGGUUGUACCUGGAGCCCAUCUUCGCUUCAGAGGACAUCCUCAAGCAGAUGCCUGUGGAGGGGCGAAAGUUUACUAAGGUGGACGCGACGUGGCGGUCGCUGAUGGAGGUGGCGAGCCGGAGUCCGCUGGCGCUGGAGGCGACGGCAGAGGAAGGGCUGCUGGAGACGCUGCAGGUCGCUAACGCGCUCCUGGAGGAGAUACAUAAAGGCCUUAACACCUACCUGGAGAAGAAGCGACUGUACUUCCCUAGGUUUUUCUUCCUGUCCAACGACGAGCUUCUGGAGAUCUUGUCGGAGACCAAAGACCCGAAGCGCGUUCAGCCUCACCUUCGCAAGUGCUUCGAAGGCAUCCACAGCCUGCACUUCUCACAGCACAUGGAGAUCGAAGGCAUGUGCUCAGUGGAGGGCGAGCUGGUGCAGUUCAGCAACAGGGUCAUCCCUGCUAAGGCCAGGGGACUGGUGGAGCGGUGGCUGGGUGAGGUGGAAGUGAUGAUGGUGCAGUCACUGCAAGACGUGAUGGUGCGGGCGGUGGAGAGUCACUCUCAGCUGCUGCACCGCGACUGGCUGCUCCGGUGGCCCAGUCAAGUCGUCAUCACAGUCGCGCUAGUCGUCUGGACCACUGAAGUGCAGAAUGCCAUCCGCUGUAACACGCUCAAUGAGUUACGCGACGUCGCACAGCAGCGCAUAGAAGAGGUCGUACAGAUGAUACGAGGUCCUCUGGACACAGCCACCCGCAUCACUUUGGGGGCCAUCAUCGUGACGUACGUCCAUGGUGGGUACAAGUCCUUGACGUAUAAGCUUAUCAUUGGGGCCAUCAUCGUGACGUAUGUCCAUGGUCGUGACGUGAUAGACGAGCUUAUCAGGAAACAAGUGAGUGACGUGGGAUCGUUCGCGUGGGUGUGUCAACUGCGGCUGUGGUGGCAGCAAGAGCUGGUCGUGGUCCACAUGGUCUACACGUCGCUGCUCUACGGCUACGAGUAUCUCGGCAACACGUCCAGGCUCGUCGUCACGCCCCUCACAGACCGAUGCUUCAGGACUCUCCUGUCGGCGAUGCGGUUGUGUCUGGGGGGCGCCCCUGAAGGACCCGCUGGCACCGGCAAGACGGAGACCUGCAAGGACCUCGCCAAGGCCGUCGCCAAACUCUGCGUUGUCUUCAACUGCUCCGAGGCGCUUGACUGCCGCGCCAUGUCAAAAUUCUUCAAGGGAGUGGCGCAGAGCGGUGCGUGGGCUUGUUUCGAUGAGUUCAACCGCAUAGAACUGUCGGUGCUGUCCGUCGUGGGCCAACAGGUUUCAUGCAUUCAGGCUGCGGUCUCCAAAAAAGCCCACAUGUUUUACUUCGAUGGACAAGAAAUGAAAUUAAACCCAACGUGUGCCAUGUUCAUCACUAUGAACCCCAGUUACGAAGGACGAAAGGAACUGCCCGACAACGUCAAAGAUGUUUUCAGAACCGUCGCCAUGAUGGUGCCCGACUACGCCAUGAUCGCCAAGAUAUCGCUUUUUUCAGUUGGAUUUGUACAUGCCGAGAGCCUCGCCCGCAAGAUCGUGGACACUUAUCGCGUGUGCGCGGCGCAGCUGUCGACGCAGCACCACUACGACUACGGCAUGCGCGCCAUCAAGGCGGUCCUAACUGCGGCCGCUGCCCUUAAGCUCAGCUCCCCUGAGGUGCCCGAGGCAGCCAUCGUGCUCAGGGCGCUGCGGGACGUCAACUUACCGAAGUUUCUGGCGCAGGACGUACCGUUGUUCAACGCCAUCUUGCACGACUUGUUCCCUCACGACGACCCGCACGCUGACGCCAAUACCGGCCUCAGGGACGCUAUACUCUCUACCCUCGCCGAGAACAAACUUCAGAUGGUGGAAGAGCAGCUGCAAAAGAUUCUGCAGCUGCACGCUAUGCUGAAAACGUUGGCUGGGGCACUCAACAAAACAAUCGUGAAUGAAGCCGUGGCUGCGGAAGACCAAGAUGGAGCGUCCUCGGUCCUCUUUAAAGUCAUCAACCCCAAGGCCUUAACGCUGGCACAGCUCUAUGGGGCUUACGACCCUUUCUCCCAGGAGUGGCAGGACGGAGUUUUAUCGCAGACGUUCCGGUCUAUGGCGGCAACCACCAAAGCCGACAGUGACGACGACAGCGGCAGUUCGCAGCAGCUGCGGUGGCUGGUGCUGGACGGGCCGGUAGACGCGCUCUGGGUCGAGAGUCUCAACGCUGCGCUGGACGACAACAAGAAACUUUGUCUUACGUCUGGCGAGCUCAUACAGAUGCCACGUGAAAUGAACAUCCUCAUGGAGACCCUGACCCUAGACCAGGCGUCGCCCGCCACAGUGUCCCGGUGUGGCGUGGUCUUCAUGGAGCCGCACCAGCUGGGCUGGCAACCGCUCAAGGAUUCGUUCAUCGCCAGCCUACCAGCCGUCAUCACGUCCAGCCUUCGCCAGGCUCUUGACGACAACGUGACGUGGAUGAUGCGCUGUCUGCUGCCCUUCGUCACCGCCAACUGCGAAGUCGUGGUCACUUCGUCGCAGCUCGGGCUAUUCAGAAAUUUCUGCCAGUUAUUUGACAGCCUGUUGGACGAAAUUCGCGAGUCUGGCAAGCCUCUGGGCAAGAAAAUAACUGAAGAAAAAAUCAAUAUUUACCUGCAGCACCUGCUCGUCUUCGCUGUCACGUGGAGCCUGGGGGCAGCCGUGAUUGGUUAG